AUGAAGAAUGUCAUAAUUGUUCGUUUGCUUGGUAGGAUGAUUGGUUAUAAGGCUUUGUUGAACCGCAUUAAUGCGGUUUGGAAACCAGUUGGUGAGGUACACUUGACAGAUCUAGACAAUAACUAUUUUCUGGUUAAGUUUGCGGAUGAAAGGGACUAUAUCAAAGUACUAACAGAAGGGCCAUGGACUAUAUAUGAGAGUUAUCUCACUGUUCAACCAUGGUCUCGAAACUUUUCCACUGUUGAGAAGUAUUCAUAUCAGGUUAUCAUUUGGAUUCGUUUACCUGGGCUACCUUACAGAUAUUACACUAAGGCUCUAUUUCGUCUGAUUGCUACAAUGGUGGGCGAUGUGGUUAAAAUUGACUACAAUAUACAAGUGGGGGAGAGGGGCAAUUUCGCGAGACUUGCGGUUUUAGUCGAUCUGAAUAAACCACUUAUUCCCUGUAUUGGAAUCGAUGGUGUUAAGCGAAAAAUUGAAUAUGAGGAAUUACACCAAAUAUGCUUUCAUUGUGGAGUGUAUGGUCAUGUUAAAGAGCAAUGCAUGAAAUGUUAA